GCUGACCGGAGCAGAGGAGCGUCGCGUCCCGUCCGUCUCCUCCGCGUCUGUCCCCCGCUGAAAACUUCUGGAACUGGAAACUAUCGCUGCUUCUCUUCGUUGGUCUUGAACUGAAUUCCACCGUUCGUGUUUUUCACCUUGAAGACAAAUGACGCGCGGAGCGAACGAGAGGAGGAGGAAGAAGAAGUGACAACGGGGUCUUCAUCAGCUUCUCCGAGGCUCCCAGCCAGCGAGAGAUGAAAAGCUGCCAAUGAGAGAACUCUACGAUAAGUACCAGCCAUGGCUGCCCAUCGAAUCAUCAGAGUAACAAACAACAACCAUGUCCUCCCUCGCUGCAAGUCUGAGGGGACACUCAUCGACCUCAGUGAAGGAGUCACUGGAGCCAGUCUCAAUGAUGUCAAAGUGCCUUCUCCCAGUGCCUUAAGGCUAGACACUUCCUCCUCCCUUGGAGCUGCACAGGAAGUGGUAGCCAUAAAGGAUUAUUGCCCCAGCAGCUUCACCACACUGAAAUUCUCCAAAGGCGAUCGCCUCUAUGUGCUGGACACAUCAGGUGGAGAGUGGUGGUAUGCCCACAACAACACAGAGAUGGGCUACAUCCCAGCCGCCUACGUCCAACCGGUCAACUUCAGGAACUCUUCGCUUAGCGACAGUGGGAUGAUCGACAGUCUCGGGGAAGGAUAUGAGGAUGGGUCAAAAGAGUUUGGAGGUUUGGGGGAGUGGACAGGUGUGACCAUUAGACCCUCCCCAAUUUACAACAACAGCCCCUUCUCUGUGAACCCACUUAUCUGUUCUUUAGAUCAAAACUGCAAAGAUGUGGGUAUAAGGAACUCAGCAGAUCUUAUUCUGUUUGAUGCUUUGGCUUCACCAUCAUCUUGCUCAAUAAAUGGGUUCAGCAGCUGCCAUGUUAACACAACCACCCCCACCAGCCCAAACCAAGAAGUUGUACCUAACCUCCACAGGGAUAAUCCAUUUUUCAGGAGUAAACGUUCUCAUAGUCUCUCAGAACUCUCUGUCCUGCAAGCACAGUCUAAUCCAACCUUACCAUCUUCAGGAUUCUUCACGGGCCUUAAGGCUCCUUCACCAGAGCAGUUUCAGAGCAGGGAGGAUUUUAGGACUGCUUGGUUAAACCACAGAAAGCUCGCCAGAUCAUGUCACGACCUCAACUCUUUGGGCCAAAGUCCUGGGUGGGGCCAGACACAGCCUGUGGAAACCAACAUAGUGUGCAUGUUGGACAGUAAUGGAGGAGUUGUUCAGCUUCCAGACACCCAUAUCAGCGUGCACAUUCCUGAGGGCCACGUCAGCAAUGGAGACCACCAGCAGAUCUCCAUGAAAGCCUUACUGGACCCUCCACUGGAGCUCAACACUGACCACUGCUCCACUUUGAGCCCUGUGUUGGAGAUAAAGCUCAGCAACAUGGAGACAAAGUCCUUCAUCACGUUGGAGAUGAAGGUAUCAGUAACUGUAAAGAAAGACAGUUGUCACACUGCUGAAGUGCUUUGUGUUCGGAGCGAUUGCAAAGAGGGGCCUUACAUACCAAUUCCUAACGCUUACAUUUACAAGGAUACAGUUCAAGUGCAGUUGGACAGCUUAGAACCCUGCAUGUAUAUUGCUGUUGUGGUUCAGUCACAGUAUCUAAACCACAAUAUGACUGUUUGGGACCAUGUGCAAAGGAAAGUAACUUUGGGCGUUUAUGGACCCAAGCACAUCCACCCGUCUUUCAAGGCUGUUGUCGCCAUGUUUGGACAUGACUGUGCCCCCAAGACCUUGUUGGUGAGCGAAGUGGGACGACAGGCAUGUUCAACUCCACCAGUGGCCCUUCAGCUGUGGGGGAAGCACCAGUAUGUGUUGGGAUACCCUCAGGACCUCCAGGUGGGAUUGUAUUCCAACAUGUCCAACUACCAGGUGAAGGCGAGCGAGGGCGCUGGUGUGAUUCGGGGAUUUCAGGUCAAACUGGGGAAGGUCAGCAGGCUCCAAUACAUGAUAACAUCACACAACCCCGACAGCAUCUCAGACUUCACUCUCAGGGUUCAAGUCAGGGAUGCCCUCGACUGUAUUAUCACCCAGUUCUGUGUCCAAACUCCACAGCCACCGCCAAAGACUGGAGUAAGGAUAACAGGUCAAAGAAGGUUCUUGAAAAAGAAAGAGCUGGACAAGAUUGUCCUCUCACCGCUGGCUGUUACCUCCAAAUACCCAAAGUUUCAGGACCGGUGCAUUACCAACCUGAAAUUUGGAAAGUUGAUUAAAACGGUGAUCAGGCAACACAAGAGUACCUAUUUGUUGGAGUACAAGAAAGGGGAUGUUAUUGCUUUGCUUAGUGAGGAGAAAAUCAAACUGCGAGGGCAGCUGCGGACAAAAGAGUGGUACAUUGGAUACUAUCAGGGGAAGAUGGGUCUUGUCCAUGCCAAAAACGUUUUGGUUCUGGGUAAGGUCAAGCCCAUUUAUUGGUGUGGGCCAGACCUAACGACCACCAUCCUACUGGAGCAGAUCCUGAAGCCUUGCAAAUUUCUUACCUACAUUUACGCAACAGUGAGGACGGUUUUAAUGGAGAAUGUGGGGAACUGGAGAGCGUUUGCAGAUGCCCUGGGGUAUGGGAAUUUGCCAUUGAAUUAUUUUUGCCGGACAGAGCUGGACAACGAGCCAGAGCGGGUGGCGUCAGUUCUGGAGAAACUCAAAGAGGAGUGUACCAAUAUGGAAAACAAGGAGAGGAAGUCUUUCCAGAGGGAACUCAUGAUGGCGUUGCUGAAGAUGGACUGCCAGGGUCUGGUUGCCAGGUUGGUCCUGGAUUUUGUUCUGUUGACCACAGCGGUGGAGGUGGCGUCCCGGUGGAGGGAACUGGCUGAGAAACUGGCACGAGUGUCAAGGCAGCAGAUGGAAGCGUACGAGGCUCCACACCGCGACAAGAACGGACUUCUGGACAACGAGUCCAUGUGGAAGCCAGCCUACGACUUCCUCCUGACGUGGGCCGCCCACGUCGGCGACAGCUAUCGCGACGUGAUCCAGGAGCUCCACGUCGGCCUGGACAAGAUGAGGAACCCCAUCACAAAGAGGUGGAAGCACCUCACUGGCACGCUCAUCCUCGUCAACUGCCUCGACACACUCCGCAGUGCCGCCUUCUGCCCCACCGGGUACGGAGACUUCGCUGUCUGAGGACUUUCUUCCAGGUGGUGAAUUUUUUUUCUUGAUCUACGUGAGGGUUUUAUUCUCCAGCUUGUGACCGACGUUGUGGAAGCUCAGUGUUGACUUUUGACUCAUGUGGGAAUUAAGUAUCUAUCAUGGACACUUCUGAGGAACUGUGCUGGGGACACAAAGCUUGAGACGGACUCAGAGAUUAAACUAUUGACGAUUUCUGGCAUUUGAAAAGACGAUGUGAAAUUGUAGGAUCUGCCUCUUUCUCUUUAUUUAUGCCUCUUUUUCAUUUGUUCUGCUGUAUUCUCCUUACACUCCUCUUCAUCUCCUUCUACCUCACCCUUUUCUUAAUCCAUGUAUCUCUUCUUGUCUGCUGUCUGCUGUCUCUCCACCUUUUUUUCUGUUGCUUCAUUGAUUUUCUCUCUUCGGACCUCAGGACAUCAGAGACCUCAACCCCUGCAGUACAUAACCAGACGGACUAUGACCUUCUCAUCAUCUCUUAAAGUUGAUUUGAUUGCCUGCGUCCACAAUCUUGACAUUUGCAAACUUUCAACAUAAUCUUAUUUCCCCUCCAGUUCUAAUCACCUGUUUUUGUUAGGCUGAUGUUUUUAAAAAUGUGUUCAUACAUUCACACAUUACUAACUUUCUUGCCAAACAAAAAGGUUAGCCCGGUUCUAACUUCACAACUUUGCUAUAAAGGUACGUGUUUCUCCCGAUGCAAGAUAUAUAUAUAUAUAUAUAUAUGUGCUAUUUUUUAUACUUGAAGAACGUGUUUUUGUUGUGUUGCAUUUUUAAUUUCUUUUUCCAGUUUUGCUUUCUGUCGGUGAAACAUCUAUUUAUUAAUCCAAAAUACUCUGAUAUAUUUCAGAUUAAUUAACAUUUUAACAAAAUAAUGUAAGAAAAUGUACAUUACCCUGACAACUCGAUCAUGUUAACCUUCCCAACCAGAAAUUCCAGCAAAAGGUAUUUUGCUAUUAUUCAUUGUUAUUGUAAAUUUAUUCUUUUUACUUAUUUAACUCUUAGAGUAAAUCAAAUUAUUUUCCUUGUGGCUCCAGACAUAAACGCUGCUUCCUCCAUGUUAGUGGAUGGGACAUGUGAAAAAAGUCAAAAUAUACCUCAAAUGUAUUUUUCUCAAAGAUGGUUCCUGGUUUCUGUUUGGUCUUAAUUCGUUGUUUGAUGAUAUAAAAAUGGGGUGAAGCAUCUCGAUUGACAGCUGACACGGACUCGCAAUUGGUCGAGCGCUUGUAUCUGCGGGACCUUGACACUGACUUGACUCCACAAUCACCAUUUGGCUUUAUUUUUGGAGAAAGUGGAGCUGCGACUUCCUCUUUAGGAAGAAAGGCCCCGCCUACAGGAAUCAUCCCAUUCCUGCACCAGACCUCAUCCACUCCUCUACCCUCAGUUUCACACACUGUUGAAUAUCUUUCUUUUAUUUCUCUGUUUUUCCCAAUUACAGAAGGUAAGCGUCUCUAUUCAUUGAGCUUUUGAGCUGAGUCUUCACAUCCCUGGUUUCGUCUUCCCACCCCACGUCAUCUAUCCCCCCCAUGACCCUUCCUUUCAUCCCUCGACCCUUUGACCCUCAAUCCAUCCCUCCUGCAUCAUCUCAGCUCACAUCCGUCUCUAUUGCGCAGUAAAUAAUUCUUUAGUUUCCUGGUCUCUGGUGAAAACGACACAGAAAUCAUCCAGUUUUUGUUGAAUUUGUAUUUUAAGAAACCUUCUGAUUUUAUGAUCUCUGCAUGAAUAAUCAGUCAGCUAUGACGCUUGGAUUUUCUUUGUUUGUCUGAUUUUUUUCAAUCUUUCCUUCCUGUAUGUUUUGUGGCUGAGCUGUAUCUGUUUGUUUCAUGAACCUAACUGGACAGAAAACGUGCACAGAGUUUAUAUAUUUGUACUGAAUGCCGACUGAGUAUUGACACAUUCUUCACAUGUUGUAUCGACUGUGACAGUUUCUCGCAGAUCUGAAAUCUGUUCUGUAGAAAUCAAUUAAAA